CGUUUUUAGGGUCCAUUCUAAAAAAAACACGCCGACACCAUAGCCUCUCUUUUUCUCGUCUCUCUCCCUUCUCAAACGAGGCAUCGUUUAUUCAAUCGAUGCUUCAAUCGCUCCCGUUGCCGAUCGUUCUGUUCAAUCGAAGGUUCAAUCAGUAGGCUCAAUCGAUCGUUUUGUUCCCGUUACCGAUCGUUCGUUCAGCCAAUCGUUCAAUCAGUAAGCUUCAAUCGACACUCUCCGUUGCCAACACCGAGCGAUCUAACAGAUUGGGGUUGCGAAAUGGCCAUACACUCGGUUGAACUGAAACAGGGCCAAACGGGGCUCUGUAAUAUUAUUUUUUUUCUUUUUUCAAACGUUGAUACAUCGAUUUUGGUUCACAGGUUUAUAUGUUCAAUGUCCAUCUGUCUCCCUCACGAAUCAAGCUGGUUGGAAGGAAUACCGUGUUAGAAUUUGGAUUCAGUAAGUACAUCAACCUCAAGUUUCAACUCAUUUCAACCUCAAGUUCACAGGUUUAUAUGUUCAAUGUCCAUCUGUCUCUCUCUCUUUUUCUCCCACGCGUGAGCACAUUUAUAUUCUUCCGCCAUAUGCCCGUAAAAAUCCUUUCUACCAUAUAUUCCGGACGAAACUUAAUUUUCCAGACAAGCAACGUUCCCUUUCAAUUUCUACCAUCAAAAUCACGCACAGUUUGACUCUAAAUCACAAAUCGACUCGAAAAUAUGUCGGAGAAGUUCUCGGCCACACUAAGGAUCGGCGACCUUAAUGAUUUCAUCGCACCGUCACAGGGCUGUGUUGUUUCUAUGAAGUCCGGUUCCGCUAGGCUCGUUGAUAAGCCAAAGAAGCUGGUAAAAACAACACCUGUUAAAGAGACUCUUGAAACAGAUCCAGUAAAAAUAUCACUCAAGGAUUGCUUAGCAUGCAGUGGGUGUAUUACUUCUGCAGAGACUGUUAUGUUAGAGAAGCAAAGCUUGGAUGAGUUUCUAUCCAAUAUAAACAAUGGCAAAACUGUUAUUGUCUCUCUUUCACCUCAGUCAAGGGCUUCCAUUGCUGUGCAUUAUGGUCUUUCUCCACUUCAGGUUUUCAAGAAACUGACCACACUUUUCAAAUCUUUGGGGGUUAAAGCUGUAUUUGAUACAAGUUGUAGUAGAGAUUUGUCUCUUAUUGAAUCUUGUAACGAAUUCAUAUCACGUUAUAAACAAAGCAAUUCAGAUGACAAGGAAUCUUCUAGAUCGUUUCUACCCAUGAUAUCCUCUGCAUGUCCAGGGUGGAUAUGCUAUGCUGAAAAAACACUUGGUUCGUAUGUUUUGCCAUAUAUUUCUUCAGUGAAGAGUCCUCAACAAUCCAUUGGAGCUAUCAUUAAGCACCAUCUAUGCCACAAGCUAGGCGUUAGGGCAAGUGAGAUUUAUCAUGUGACAGUGAUGCCUUGUUAUGACAAAAAGCUGGAGGCUUCAAGAGAUGAUUUUGUUUUUCAUGAUGAAUCUGGUGAAAUGACUACAGAGGUAGAUUCCGUUUUGACAACUGGAGAGGUCUUAGAUUUAAUACAGACAAAAGCAGCAGUAGAUUUCAUGAAUUUGGAUGAAUCCCCUGUUGAUAAAUUGUUAUCGAAUGUGAGUGAAGAAGAGAAUCUUUUUGGGGUUAGAGGAAGCUCAGGAGGAUAUGCAGAUACAAUCUUUCGUUAUGCUGCAAAGACACUUUUUGAUCAGGAUCUCAAAGGCCCUUUGGAUUUUAAAACCAUUAGAAAUUCUGACUUUCAGGAAGUCAGCUUACAAGUAGAAGGUAAAACAGUAUUGAAGUUUGCAUUGUGUUAUGGAUUCCGAAACUUGCAAAAUGUAGUCAGGAAACUUAAAAUGGGAAAAUGUGAAUAUCACUAUUUGGAGAUCAUGGCAUGCCCUUCAGGGUGCUUAAAUGGAGGUGGGCAGCUGAAGCCAAAAUCAGGACAAUCUGGCAAAGACUUGAUUCAAGCAUUAGAGACCACAUACAUGCAAAAUGUUUUGGUUGCGGAUCCAUUUGAAAACAUGAUGGUGAAGAGGUUAUACGAGUCAUGGCUGGAACAUCCGGGUUCAGAAAAAGCAAAGCAACACAUACACACACAAUAUCAUCCCAUUGUAAAAAGCAUUACUUCUCAGCUCAACAACUGGUGAACAUUAACAACCACUUUGGACUUCUCAUGUCCUUCAACAUUGACUUUUUUUUGCGUUGACUUUAUGCCAACUGGUGAAGAAGUUGCAAUUUUGAAUUUUGAUGGUGGCGAUAAUAAAAAGAUUUGUUCUACAUUCAUACACACAAGAGAAAAAAGGGAUUGGUGUAGGUGUAUUUUUAUAUCUUAUGUAUUUUGUAGAUAUAUAUUAUGUAAUUUUUUUGGAGAACGUGUAUAAUUUUAUCUUAGUUUGUUAA